AUAUCACGUGUUAGUCACGGCCGAUAAAUGGACAAGAAGGUCCAAUCGUUCAAUACGUUGAACUUGGUUCGUGUUAUUUUUGUUUAAUCUUUAUUAUGGUUGAUCGUUUGCGUUAUCCAGCCUCAUGUCCUUCGAGAAGUUUAGUCAACAAGCCAGUUUGCCUGGCCAUGGUGGGUCUUCCAGCCCGAGGAAAGACUUUUAUUGCUAGAAAGCUGGCAAGAUAUUUAAACUGGAUUAGCAUUGAGACACAAGUGUUCAGUUCAGGAAACUACCGUCGGGAUCUUCUCAAGUCUCAAUGUACCCAUGAGUUCUUUGACCCAAAUAAUCCAAAGGGAAUUGCAAUUAGGGAACGCUGUGCAGAACUGGCCAUGAACGACAUUGCAAUCUGGUUGAAUGGCCAAGGCCAAGUUGCUAUUUUUGAUUCAACAAAUGGCACCAGAAAACGACGUGAAAAAGUGAUCAAUUUCUGCAAGCAGAAUAACUUUAAGUUGUUAUUUAUUGAGUCUUAUUGUGAUGAUUCAAGUAUUGUUCAUUCUAAUAUAAUGGAAGUAAAAGUAACAAGUCCAGAUUAUAAGAAUGUAUCACCUGAGCAAGCAUGUGAAGAUUUUAAAGCAAGAAUCAAACUUUAUGAAACACAGUACGAACCUUUGUGUUCAGAAAUGGACAAUCAAGUACGAUUUCUUAAAGUUGUCAAUACUGGAAAGCGAUUUGUGGUCAACAGAGCUGAAGGUUAUGUUGAGAGUAAAGUUGUAUACUAUACGAUGAACAUUCACGUUACACCCAGAUCGAUUUACUUGACUAGGCAUGGAGAGAGUGGAUUUAAUUUAAAGGGUCGGAUUGGUGGCGACUCCGAGCUUUCGCCACAUGGACAAAAGUUUGCAGAGGUCCUUGGUGAGUUUGUUAAUGAACAAUCUCUCGAAAACCUAAAGGUUUGGACAAGUCAAUUAAAAAGAACAUCUCAGUCUGCCCAACACAUCAAAGCUCCAGUUGAACAAUGGAAAGCUUUGAACGAACUUGAUGCUGGUGUUUGUGAUGGCAUGACAUAUGAAGAAAUUCAAGAAAAAUAUCCAGAAGAUUUCGCCAGACGAGAUCAGGACAAGUUUCACUACCGUUACAAAAGAGGAGAGUCUUAUGAGGAUAUUGUUAUUCGCUUGGAGCCUGUCAUAUUGGAACUUGAAAGACAACAAAAUGUUCUAGUGAUAUGUCAUCAGGCCAUAAUGAGAUGUUUACUUGGGUAUUUUCUUGAAAAAAACAAAGCUGAGUUACCUUAUCUACCAGUGCCAUUACACACGGUCUUCAAAUUGACGCCAAUUGCCUACGGUUGCAAGGUUGAGACGUUUCCUCUUGGAGUCGAGGCUGUCAACACACAGCGAGAACGGCCAAAGAAUGUUCAAGUGGGAAGAAAACCCGAAGAUGCUUUAGUUACUGUUCCACCACAUUUUAACUAAACACUUGUUGUUGACAUCCUGCAAAAACGUCCAGGAUCUCUGUCGCAUCCAUCGUGAACGGAUCGAGAGAUCGUAUAGUUAUUUGCAGAGAAAAUUUAUAGAAAUGUAGAAUUGUUAUUUAAAUUCGUGCGAUAUAUUAUAUUUAUUUGGAUAAUUGUAAAUAAUACUGCUGAAAAAGAUUGUAUUACUGAUUUAA